ACUCUUUCUUUUUUAAUUAGACCUAUGGAAACCGUCAGAUUGUGUUGGAGAAAGAGGAAACGGAAGAACUGAAGAGAUUUGAUUCCCCAGGUUUGAUCCUGAUUGGUUUUAAACCAUUGGUGAUGCUGAAACAGCACCACUACAUCAAGCCUGCCCAGUUCAUCUAUCCUGAAGAAUCCUUCAUUAGUGGGAGCACAACUCUGUUUAAUGCCUUGCUGACCAAGUGCCUGGAAAAAGAGGUAAUGGCAUUAUGCAGGUACACCCCCCGCCGGAACACUCCUCCCCGCUUUGUGGCCCUGGUCCCCCAGAAAGAGGAGCUGGAUGAACAGAAAAUGCAGACAGCCCCUCCAGGUUUCCACCUUAUUUUCCUGCCUUAUGCAGAUGACAAACGGAAAGUUGACUUCACAGAAAAGGUUCCAGCCAAUCAAGAACAGGUGGACAAAAUGAAGGAAAUAAUUCAGAAGCUUCGGUUCAAGUACAGGAAUGACAGCUUUGAGAAUCCAGUUCUGCAGCAACAUUUUAGAAACUUGGAGGCUUUGGCACUGGACUUGUUAGAGCCUGAACAAGCUGAGGAUCUGACAUUGCCUAAAGUUGAGGCGAUGAACCACAGACUGGGUGAUCUGGUGGAGCAGUUUAAGCAGCUGGUUUAUCCUCCUGACUACAAUCCCGAGGGGAAGACUGUGAAGCGGAAACAAGGAGAAAGUGCUGGCCAAACAGAGAAGAAGGCCAAGAUGGAAAUAUCAGAGGAUGAGCUUAGGAGCCACAUAAAGAAAGGCACUUUGGGUAAAUUCACUGUGCCUGUUCUGAAGGAAGCAUGCAGGGUUUAUGGACUGAAAGGUGGUGGGAAGAAGCAAGAACUUCUAGAUGCACUCACUGAGUAUUUCAGCAAAUUCUAACCAGGAACUGAGGCCUCUGACAGGUGACUCUUCUGCUUAAAGCUUCAGUCGGUAUACUCAUCUGGGUGUUGGGUCUGAGUUUAUUUUUGAUGCUGGUGAAAAUUAGAGUGAGGAAAGGAUCCCUUUUCUACAUCCAACACUGCAGACUCCAGUCAGAGGAAACUUAUUUCUUCCUUUUUGUGACGGUGGAUUCUCUUAAGUGUGUCUUAUGCACAUAAUAGCUGCAGGCAAAAUAAACCCCAUCCCAACUCUGGUUCUACAGUUAAAAUGAACACUGUUGUGCCUUAAUGUCUGAAUAAAUGCAAAUUUGUUUUGUAUCCUUA